UAACAUUUCCCAGUAGUGCCUCAGGUCGGUAGGCGAAGAAGUCCUGCAUGAGUUCACCUUCAGGUAGAGAGCUCUAAAAUAAGAUUUUGGAAAGAGAUCAGUUGUUUACGCCAUGAACGGGUCUGUUCAUAGCAUGCCUAAAGAGGUGGAAAUUCAGCUAAAAAGAGGACCUGCUGGACUUGGGUUUAACAUAGUCGGUGGUUUGGACCAGCAGUAUGUGUUGAAUGACAGCGGGAUCUAUGUGGCCAAAAUCAAAGAGAAUGGCGCUGCAGCACUGGAUGGACGGCUACAGGAAGGGGACAAAAUACUGGCGAUAAAUGGCAACCGAUUGGAGAACCUGUCCCAUAGUGCAGCAGUGGACCUCUUCCGGUCAGCUGGAGAGGAUGUAUUUCUCCGCGUGCAACAGAGAUCCUCCCUCCAUCACAACGGUCCAGUGAGCUCCCGGCCUGAGAGCGAGGCGCCCGUCUCCUCAGUCGGCCUCCUUUUGGGCCUCGCGGCGGCUGCCGCCGCCAUCACCGUCGCCGUAGUCUACUUCAAACGCUUCCCUCCCGGCCUGCGGAGGCCCAUUUAAACGUAACCGGCCUCCCAUUUCAAGGACCAAACGUUGGGAGAAUAUACUCAGAGGGCCAAAAGAGAAAAAGAUAAAAGAAGAAAAAAAAACACACACAAGGUGAAUGAAUUAAGGAUUAGGACACAUGUUGGAAAAUGCACCCUGAAGAAGCAAGCAAGCCAUGUUUUCCUAAACAUAUACGCAAACAACAGCAACAACAAUCUAAAUAGGUGUUAAUAUUGCUGUUAUGAUUGCCAUGUUGAGCUGGUGUUCCCCUUUAUUUUUAGUGGGGGUAUUCUUAGUCACUUUAAACCAAAGCUCUGAGUCUGUCUGUCCCAGCAUUGCACAGGGGGAGGGAAGAUUCAGCCGCCAUGUUAUCAGGAGACAGAAGUGAUCGUGUCUAAACUGACCACGUAGAGCUAUAUGAGGGAGAAAGAACGAGGAGGUGGAAGAUGGAAAGAGUUGGAUGGAGGUUAAAAAGAUAGAGAGACAAAAAGAGUUGAAGUAACUGACCUGUGAGGAGCUCCAUUACUUUAUAGCAGCGUCCUCUGUUUUCACCCGCUCCUUUGCCAAGAGCAGAAACUCUUUCUUUUUUAAAAUAGCUUUGCCAUCUUCAUUCUUCCGGUCACCAUAGUGUUUCUUUUUUGCCCUCUCACAUUCUAAUGCCAAAAACUAAAAUCAUAUAAGUGUAAAUAUUGUUCCAGGUAUAAAUAUAUUUUCAAAUACUGUCACUCACUGGGGAGAGUUUGGUGUCACGUUGCUGGGGUGACAUGGUUUUUAAUCGGUUUAUGUGUUUGUUUGUUUAUCUUUGAUUUGUCUGAAAUGUUGUCAUUGUCAAUGAUGACUUGGCCAAGGCAGCAGAUGCAGCUGUGUAUUUUGUACCAGACGGUCCUUUGACAUCCUCCAGCUUGGGCCUGUAAAUGACCGUUCAGUUCCUUCCCCAACCCCUGCCUUAGCUGACCAUUUAACUGGCUGCUGUCUCCUUCUGACCAAUGCAGAAGUUCUUUUUAAUAUUAACUAUUGAGUUCAAACUCAGGCCUCUUGUUAAAUCCUCUUACCUGCACGUCUUUCAAAAAGGACACACACAUGAAAUGCUAUGUUUCUGAUGGAGAAGGGAAGUUUUAAGUGACAUUCAGGUGGUGAUAAGUGUGAUUUGUUAACCUGACUCCUAAGUGAUUUCAAACACCCCAGGAUUACAUCAUUCUGUAUUCUCACUGUUUGACAUGCGUAUGAGCAGCCACAUGCUUGAAGUCAGUCACUGCCCCCUAUUGACUUUGCUAGAGAAAUGCACUUCACUAUGCAUAUGAAAAAUGGGACUGUGAUGUAGAAGCAUGGUAGAAACACAGGCGUUGUUCAGGAUAAAAGACCAGACUAGUAAAAAAAAUGUAAUGGUCUGUAGUCCAAUGACCUAGAGUGGCAGUAGGUUUGACACCCACGCAACUGCCCCCAUGUCCACUCUCAUGAUUUAAUGGGGGAAGCACGCAUUUUAUUUGAUCAGAACGACAACUUUAAACUUGUUUUGAACUGUUUUUGUAUCAGAAUUAUUGUUUGCCUGUAAUGUCUUAUG